AGGGCGAUGGAACGAAACGAAAGUAUACACCAACACUUAUUGUUUUAUCAUCUGUUCAGUUUCUGCAGACCAAGUGCAAAUUUAUCACGGCAGAGUUUGGCCACCAAUAUUGUUUCAUGUUUCAGUCUCGCGUACUUGUCAGCGUCGUCCCUGAUAUUGGCGGCGUUGUCUUUUCUCGUCUUGUCCAUCUUCAUCGACAUACAGCCUUCAGCUUGCUGCAGCAGCAACCACAAACCAGAAGGCAGCGAGACAGAGACGACAUCACUGUUAAGAGAAAACCACUGUAAUGCAUCACAUUACGAGGCAGACAAUGCUCUAAUGAAAGCUGGGUUUGCUUUGUCGUCCUUCGUACUUUCCACUUGUUUAUGUUGUUUGAUGGUAUGUUCUAUGCAGUUUUUCUUCACAUCAAAGAUUCUAACGGCUGCAGAAGGCAAGGGGAGGUAA